UAUACAAACAAGAACCGCGAUUAAAGUUGCUAUUCCUUACGAUUUAAUUCUUUUUGUGCCGAUUUUGUAUAGAUUAAGCAAAGCUAAAUUUCUAAAUUUGAUACAAACACUGUUAAAGAAUAUUUGGUGGAAAGAAUAAUUUUAUAUACAUACAAAGCAUAAUAAUUUUUUAUAAGUUGGUAACAUAAUAAUGUCUUCUAAACGUGUUGCUACCUCUGAUUUAAAUCACGAUAAUUGGGACAAGGAAGAAGAACCAGAAGAAGCUGGGACUUUCAAAGUUGCCCCAAAGGAAGAGCUUGAAACACGUGUAAUAAAAAAAGCUCGCAGAAGAAUAGAAAAAGAAGACAAAGCCGAUGGUGGAGAUAAAAAUAAAAGUGUAUUUGCAUCUUUUGCAGGCUUUAAAAGUGUCACAGACUGUCCAUUUUCUUUUUUAACGAAAAAAAUGGAAGAUAAUAAAGAAGCAACUACUUCUAAUAUUGAGUCUUUGAAUUCAGGUGAUUUAAAGCAUGCACAAAAUGAAGGUUUAAAAAAUACGGAAGCGAAAUCUUCAUCAUUCACGUUUUCGCCAAAAAUGAGUAGUAAUGGAGAAGGCUUAGAUUCUGAAAAUUCAAAGAAAAUGCUUAAUAUAGUCGAAAAAUUAAAUAAGCAGUUUAUUGUGUGGUUGACAGAUUUGUUAGAAAAGGAUCCUAAGCGAAAUUUUAAUUCAUUUUUAAAGCAAUAUGAGUGUUCUCUUGAAAAACUAAUUGAUUCUAAAGAAAUUGAAAGUCUUACAGCAACGGAAGAAAAAUUUGAAUUUGAUGUUGGAAAAAAUGGAGCUGAUUCAUUUGCGGCGUUCAAAUUUCCGCCCACUUCUAAAGAGAGAAUAAAUGUUUUCGCUAAUAUUAAAUGUCCCUUCUUGGAAAAUUCAAAAACGACGUCAAACACUGAGGCAUCACAUGAACCUUUAUUCGAUUAUUUAGAAUUUAAGUCGUCAAAUUUUGGAAAAGUUGAUUUAAAUUUAGAUUUAGAACAAAAUGUAGAUGUUCCCAAGAACGAGUUUAAACCAGUUGUAGAAGAAGAUAGUAUUUAUUCUCAAAGAUGUAAAGUAUUUACAAAAAAAGAUGGUGAUUUUAAAGACCGUGGCGUAGGUACACUAUAUUUAAAACCUGUGAAAGAUUCAGAAAAAACUCAAUUAAUUGUUAGGGCUGAUACUAAUAUAGGAAAUAUACUACUAAACUUCAUUUUAAAUAAAUCUUUGCCUAGUCAACGUUUAGGCAAAAAUAACGUAAUGUUAAUAUGUAUCCCAACACCCGAAAGUGAGCAGAAGCCGGUCUCAGUUUUAAUAAGAGUAAAAACGGAACAAGACGCUGACCAAUUAUUUGAAAACAUUGAAAAAUAUAAAAAAUAAAAUUUCGAUAUAAACUUUGUAAAAGUUAUUAUUUAUAAUAUUAUUUUGUAUAUAUACUUAAUUGCAGUUGAAUUCUG